CAGUCUGAGUUUGAGCAUCAACAAGUUCGGCUGGCUCUGGAUAUAAUUCCCAUUGAUUUGUAUUUGGAUUUGAAUUUGGAAUUGGAUUUCUGUGCAACGUCUUGAGAAGAGAUUGAGAAAUGAGAACUAUCUUUGUAUAAAAGCACAAAGUAUCAGCAACAAUUCUCCAGAGUAUUUUUCGCUUGUCAUCGGCGCCGUUCCGUCAUCAUCGCCGCAUCGCCGCUACAUCGUCGUUGUAGUCGUUUUGUUUUAAAAAGUAAGCGUUUUCUUGUGUUUUUUAUUUCGCGGUUGGUUUUUUUGAUAUACCUAACAUUUUGUUUGUCGCUUGUUGUUGUUGUUUUAAUUUCUGCGGCUUCUGUUCUUCGGUUGGGUAAAUAAAAAGUAAUGCACGCCGCCGCAUCGACGCCGCCGCCGACGUCGCCGCUGCUUUCGUCUUUGUAGAGAUCAAUUUAAAAUGUUUACCAUUAAUUUGCAAUCUUUUUGAGUGAUUUUAACUGAAUUUAAAAAAUCAAUUUUGAUUAAUUCCAAUCAGACGCUUUUGAGGGCAUUGAAAAUUCAUUUAAUUUCGGAAGUUUUCAAUUGUAUUUCACCAUAAUAAGGCGCAGAUGUUUUGUUUUAAAUUCACUUUAUCAAAAUAUUGAUUUUUUUAAAUGAAAUUGAACUAAAAACGCAUAAAGAUGCAGAAUUUUUGAGUGAUGGUGUGUUUGUAAAUAAAAUAAAAUAAAAAACAAAGUAUCUGUCUCGAUCUCGAACUCGAUAGUCGACAGUAGACAACAACAUCCUGCUGAAAAGCACAUGUUUUUAUAAAAUUGUAUUUUAACUCGGAAGUAAGUUUGUUUUAUUUGCUUUGUAUUUGUUGUUGUUUAAAAGAAAUUCAACUUAAGAUAUCAACUCAAAAAAAGAUGAUGAAAGUCUGAUUGGUAGUUGAGUGAUUUUCCUUUUUGAGUUUAAAGCAAUUUCAAAAGUGACGAUAUUUUAAAGGACUUACGGGUACCUAUAGAAACACCUACCUUUCAACCUAGUCUAACGCUCAUGCAAUCUGAAGACUGCAGUGAAGUUUAAUUUUUGUUUUUUGAUUUUUGUGAAUGUGAAAUUUUGUGUAAAGACUUAUUUUUUUUGUAACUUCUUUAUAUGACUAGCAAGUAAAUUGAGUUGGCGUGUAGUACCUAUACCUAUCUACUUAUACUGGGUUAAUUUUUGCAGCACGAUCUUUCACUGAAAACAGAGAAGAGAGUAUCUACCUAUUUAUCUUUUCUUAAAGUUGGAGCUUCAACAAGAAAACCAUCGCCCCUGUCAGCGUAUUCAACAAAUCAACUUUUCAAUAAAUCACUUAAUUUUCGACUGCAUCCCAAUGUCUUUGAGAUGUUUGACAUAACAAGAAAAAUCGCCAAACUUAUUGAUAACGGAUGAUUCAAAAUAUACACAAAUCGUAUGCCCUACAAAACAUCUCAUACAAAAUUUUACAAAUUAAAUUUAAUACUCAAUUAAUUUUAAUUUAAGAAGCAAACUUAAACCAUAAUAAUUUAUAUAUAAAUUUAAUUUAAUAUAAUUAAAGUUUAUUUAUUUAAAUUUAAAAAUAUUAUUCCAUUAAAUAUAAAUACAAAACUAUUCUAAAUAAUUCGACACAUAGUCAAUAGUUAAUUUAAUGCAAACAACAUGGAUGCGAAUAAAUUGUCAUUUUUGUAUAUUUCAUCGAUAAUUUGUUGUUGGGGUGUUAUUGCCGAACAGACGUUAUAUGGAAAACACUCUGAUGAACUGAUCUCUGGAAGACUAGUUACACCACGAAAGGUGAAUCGACAUGGCGAACACGUGUCGCAUAAUCUGACGCAUCAUCACGAUAGAAACAACCCAGAAGACUUACACUUUCACAUAGAUUUAGAUAAGGAAACACUUCAUUUGGAACUUGAACCUCAUACUUAUUUUAUGGCUCCAAAUUUAAUAAUAGAACGACACCGCAGAGACCUCCGAUUUCGUAAGAAACCAAAAAAAAAUAUUAACUGUCAUUAUCAUGGGAAAAUUCGUGGGCAUUCCGGAUCAAAUGUGGCUUUGUCGGCAUGCGAUGGAUUGGUUGGCCACAUCAAAACGAAGAACAGCGAAUACUACAUUGAGCCAUCCAAGCAUCACGAAAAAGAUCCCAAAACCGGGCAUCAUCCACACGUUGUCUUCCAUAGAUCUUCACUUAAAGAAAAGAAAAAGAAAAACCGCAACAAAUCCAACAACAAGAAGAAACAUCACAUCAACAAUUGCGACACCAAAGAGCCCCGCAGACACACCGAGACCCGGAUCGAAUGGCAAUCGCAGGGCAAAGUCAUUGUUCAAGGUGGUAGAAAAGUACGACAUCGUCAGCGCCAGGCUAAGUCUCAUUCUCAUUCCCAUUCUCGACCUCAACAAAACCAAAACCAAAGGCAAAACCAGACAGCGGUGGCGGCAACGACGACUACGAAACCAACGGAUGCUGCAGAAAAUAGUCCACGUCUGCAACGCCAUCACCAUCAACAUCAGCAUCAACAUCACCAUCACCAGAAAGACCGUCUGCGCAAGAAACGUUCAAUUAGCAGCCCACGUCAUGUAGAAACGUUGAUUGUGGCCGAUUCGACGAUGGUAGCGUUCCACGACGAUGUCGAGACCUACCUCCUGACCAUAAUGAAUGUGGUCUCAUCGCUGUACAAAGACCCCACCAUUGGCAAUUUCAUUGAGGUGAUCGUGGUGAAGAUCUUGCUGAUUGAAGAGGACGAGGCACAUCCGGAUUUGAAUUUAACCAACAUAGCUGGAUAUAAUUUGGAUAAAUUUUGCGAAUGGCAGUACAAACUGAAUAGUGACAGCGAUGAGUAUGAUCCGUACCAUCACGAUGUUGCCAUUUUAAUCACUCGAAUAGAUAUCUGCGGAAAAGAUUGCGGGACGCUGGGCGUUGCAAAUUUGGGUGGAAUGUGCAAGCCAACGCAAUCGUGUAGCGUCAACGAGGAUAAUGGGAUUGCGCUGUCGCAUACGAUUGCCCAUGAAUUGGGCCACAAUUUUGGCAUGUUCCACGACACAAUGAAAAUUGGUUGCUCUGGUCGAAGUGGUUCCAUGGUGCAUAUUAUGAUGCCAGAUUUUCAAUCAGAUAGCUUUCAAGUAUCCUGGUCGAAUUGCAGCCGGAAGUACAUUACAAAUUUUCUAGACCAAGGACUUGGCAAUUGCCUCGACAAUACUCCUGCAAUGGAAGAGUACAAAUACCCUGACUUGCCUCCUGGAGCCAUGUAUAAUGCAGAAGUUCAAUGUCGCCUACAAAACAACAUUACCGACGAAAGUAUUGCUCUAUGUCAAACACAACAUUUAAUAUGUUCUCAACUUUGGUGCAGAAAGAAUGAAGAUGAAUGUAUUUCAAACAUGGUGCCAACUGCCUCGGGAACAAGUUGUGGCAAACAUAAGUGGUGUCAAAAUGGUCAAUGUGUACCAAUGGAGGAGGUCAGUCCUCGUGAUGGUGGUUGGGGUAAUUGGUCACAAUGGAGUGAAUGUUCUAGGUCGUGUGGAGGUGGAGUUUCUAUUCAACAAAGAGAAUGCAACAAUCCUGUACCUGCAAAUGGUGGAGUAUUUUGCAUAGGCGAAAGACGAAGAUAUAUAAUUUGCAAUAAGGAACCUUGUCCUGAAGGAGAACCCUCAUUUCGAGCACAACAAUGCUCUUACUACAACAGUAUUCCCUAUCGUGGUGAAUUCUACAAAUGGCUUCCAUAUUUCGAUAAAUUUAAUCCUUGCAAAUUAUUUUGUACGGAUGUUGAGGGAACAGUAACUGAAAGUUGGGGUGAUAUGGCCGCCAAUGGAACACCUUGUCAAUUGGGCACAAACAAUAUUUGUAUUGAUGGAAUAUGUAAGAAAGUCGGCUGCGAUUGGGUUGUAGAUUCUGAUAUAGAAGAAGAUCGUUGUGGAGUUUGUGCUGGAAAUGGAGAAAAUUGCAAACCUGUUGAGGGAAUUUUUGUUGAUGACUUUAAUGUAACUGGUGGUUAUGUGGAAAUUAUAACAAUUCCAGGAAAAGCUCGUCAAAUUGUCAUAAAAGAAGUAAGCAACUCAAAAAACUUUUUAGCUAUUGGAAAAGCCAACAGCAGUGAAUUCUAUUUAAAUGGAAACAGACAAAUUUACAUGCCUGGAGAUUAUACUAUCGCCAAUGCAGAAGCUCUUUAUGAUCGUGUCGAUCAUCAAGAAACCAUAACCAUACCUCAUUCAAUCGAGCAUUCCAUAACUUUAUAUGUAAUUGUUACAUCAUCAAAGCCAAAUAAAGGCAUUUACUAUGAAUUCACUUUGCCAGUAAUCAAUACAACAUCUGUGCAAGAUUACACGUGGAAAUUAAGCGAUUGGACAGCGUGCACAGCAACAUGUGGAGGUGGAGUCCAAUAUCGAAUACCGUUGUGUUUUGAGAGUGGUAAAUCCAUAAACGAAGAAGAACUCUGUUGGUCAAAUGCCAACAAUUCAAUCCCACAGCGAAUAUCUCGUCGAUGCAAUGAAAUUCCAUGUCCGGCCCAUUGGUGGAUUGGUCAGUGGCAACUUUGUUCAGUAACAUGCAAAAUUCCCGGCUCUCCAAGUCCAGUGAAACGACGUUCGAUUAUGUGUCUCGACCAAAACGAUGAAGUUUUAGCCGAGUCAAUGUGCAAUAAUGCAACCCGCCCAGUUGAUGUCGAAUCAUGUGGCUUAAGUAUUCCAAUUUGUAGCAGCGACAUGAAAAAUGAUAUUUUGCUUGACUAGAAUUUAAUUCUUAAUUAAAAACAAAAUCAA